GAGGAGCGCUGCUUUCACAGGUGAAGUCACAUGAAACAGGUGUGCACGGUGAAGCCCGGUACUGAAGGUGUGUAGCAGGCACCAGUGUCCCCGAUUCGUAUCAAGCCAUUUGAGAGGGAUGAUCUCCUGCUGACAGCGCCAUGAAGAGGACCAGGCAGUGGGAUGUUCACAAAGCAACCGUGCUGGCCAGUCUUUUCUACUUUGUGCAUUCUGCAGCUAAGGCAUGCAUCUUCCCAUUUCUGACUCUGUAUUUCCGACAGCUUGGCCUGCCUGCUCCCCAUACAGGUGUCAUCAUGGGCACAAAGCAAGUCAUCUAUAUGGUGGGCGCACCACUACUCUCCUACUUGGCUGGCCACUAUGAAAAGAGAAGGGUCCUUAUUAUCUGCUCACUGCUGUGCUCCAUAGGUUCCGGACUUCUUCUUAUCCUUGUUCCUCCUGCUGACAGGGAGGCAUGGACCAAAAACUGCAGUAGCAGGUUGGCAUCUCCUGUGCAAGCUUCUGCAAGUGGUGUGACCCAGGCAUCUCUCCUUUCCAUUACAAGCAGACCACAGGCUCAUGAAGAUAAUACCUUCAGUGCUGACAGACAAAUUCAAGUGACUCGGCCGUCAGAUGUCAUCACACUGACACUAGUAUCUCAUCUCCUUGACGACAUGGCCACCCACCAUAUGGCAACCCAAAAGGCAACCAUUCUUCUUGAGGGGAAUGGAAAUAAAGCUCUGCUAAAAGAGGAACUCAGCUCUGGAAACUAUGAAGUAAAAAACUCACCUGGUAAUGACUCAGACUCCCAACAAAAUCUCCAACCGGUCAUAUACAGACCACAGAGAUCUCUGGAUAGUGAAAACCAUAGCAAAUAUGCUUUUACAGAUUUUCAAAGCUUCUUUGCCCUGGAUGCCCAGCACCAGAUGUUCUUCCUUGUGCUCAUAGUGGUAGUACUGUGGGAGGUUUCAACUGCCCCAUUGGAGUGGACGGUGGAUGAUAGCCUCUAUGAGUAUAUGGACUGUGUUGAUGCAGCUGACCGUUACAAUAGGCGCUGGAUGUGGGGACAUGUGGGGGCAGCUUGCAGUGCCUGUGGUGUGGGCUUUCUGGUGAGCAGUCUUGGAUGCUUCCUAGGUGGUCGUAUGCCUCGAAGUGCUGUGCACUUCUAUGGGUACGCUGGCCUAAUGACCAUAGCACUCUUGGUAGGGGCUUUCCUGCCAGCUUACAUAAAGCAGCAGCAGCAGCAGUCCAGUAAAGGCUUGAAAGCCCUCGAGCUUAUCUCUGGUGAUGGACGGGCCCUUCUUUAUGCCAGCACUGCCUUCCUGGUGGGUGCUGCUGGGGCCAACAUUGAGAAUUUUCUUUUCUGGCAAAUGCAAGACAGAGGGAGUAGUCAGUCAUACAUGGGUAUGUCAGUCUCCAUCGCUCUAGCCUCCGAGCUCUUCAUGUCCUUCUUUGGGGAUAGAGUACUCCGAUACUUUGGACAGAGCAGUGUGGUCACACUUGGAUUAGCAUGCAUGUCCAUCCAGUGUCUUUACUACUCCUUCCUCUGGUCCCCCUGGGCUGUGUUGCCCAUCCAGAUCCUUAGUGCCUUUAGUAGUGGUACCCUUUGGUUGGCACUACGCAAACAGUGUGACAGCUUGGCUACUCCUGGAAUGGAGCGAUCCAUCCAGAGGGUUUUCCACCUGCUGUCACUAGGCCUAGGAGCUGCAGUAGGUAGCUUUGCCAGUGGCUUUAUUGUCAGUAGAUUCAGUCUGUCCAUCUUGUACAGAGCUGUAUCAGUCACUCUGCUCUUAUGGACCACCAUCUUUGCCUCUCUGCAGAUUUGGUUACCACAGAAGAAAAAGAUGAAUUAUUCACGGCUUUUGGCUAUGGACAACAGUGAAAGGAGUGAUUCUGAUACUGAUCAGGAGAGAGACUGGCUUGUGAAGGCUAUGAAGGAUGAGCGUGGUGGUAUUGAAAGAUGACAUUCACUUGCUGAUGAAUUAACUGACCAAAAAUUUCACCCUGUGAAUGGUGCAAAUGAGAGCCAGUAAGGAUACAGGGUGAAGAAUGAGUGGACGUGUUAUGGCCAGAUGGAGUGCAGGAGCACCUAAGAAGUAGUAGUCCAGGAGCCAUAAGAGGCAAAGAAGCCUGCUUGUCUUGUGCUUUUUUUUUUAUGGAGUGAAAUAACAGAAGUUGAUGAGAUGGGCAGUUAUCUUCUUUUACAAAAUGACCCCGAGUAUAACAGAGAAGUUCUUAUAUGAGGACUGAUAAUAGCUAGGGAUUAACCUAGCUAAAUUAUUCUCCUGGAUCUCAAACUAAAUAUCCAUUAUCUCUAGAGCUCAAACAUAUUGAGAUUUGGUCUUUAAUCCUCAAUGUGUCCCAUAGCCAAAUCACACAAGAGGUUGGUUUUUGAUCUCCAGGGUAUCUCAGGGAUAAGUCACGCUCUGGCCUUUGAACUCCAUGCAAAGAAGGUACCUCUUCUCACAUGUCGCCUUAGAUGUAGACUCUAUAAAAGUUUCCUUGAGUCAAGUUCCUCCCACCAAACAAUCCACUUAGUGUACGAGUUAGCUAAUGGGAAAUUCAGCCUAGUAAUUCAUCCUCAUGGUAGCUUUCAGAGACAGAUAACCUUGGGCUUUGGUCUCUGAAGCCUUCUCACUCAAUCAGCUCUCCUUGAACCAAGUAAUUUUGCUACCCAAUCAUGUCUUUCAGAAGAGCAUCCACCUCCUUUUCAAUAUGCAAUAUGCUCCAAUGGCAAAAGCUUUGUGAAAUCAGCCACUUCUCCUCUCCCAUUUAUGUCCUGCCCAUCCCUACACCCCUGAGCCAGUCCUCUUGUGGCAGUGUACACCUGAGCUAAUUACCAGCCUGGCAUUUCACUUCCUAUUCCAUGCCAAUCCCCAUCCAGACCACGGUUUAUCCAUUAAGUGUGUGACUGAGCCAAAUCACAUUUCCACAUUCAUAUUCGACCCUUACAGCAUCCUUGAGUAAGACCACCUUCAAGCCUAGAUAAAGAACCCUCAGUAAAAUUGAACCAAGUCAAACUAUGUCUCCUCCAAUGUCACUGCCCAAAUAUCACUGUAUUCAAAUUGUUUACAAUCCAGCAAUACCUGGUCUCCAGCUCUACCUAUCUCAUGUACAUUGUUCUGUUUGAAACUUUUCAGUCUUUAAUUUACUCCUACUUUCAAAAUUAAAUUUAUGUCAUCUUACUCCUAAAGGAUACUUUGCCAUUCUUAGACAAUCCAUAUGCAUGUCAACCAGUUGGAAAAUCCAAGAUUUUCUAUAUGUAUAACAACAUGCCACUUUCGAUGUUCUGUACAGAUAAUGCACUUGAGCAUAUGUCAUCUAACUUGAAACCUCAAGAGAUACCCACCACUUGAAGAUGUUCUAUAUGUACGUCAAACCAUUUGAAACCCCAAGACGUACCCUGUAUAUUAACAUGCUUGAAACCCUGAGGGGAACAUCCUCCCACUCUUCAUUUACAUGUAGACACACAUAAAGGGGGCUAAAGAUCCUGAUACCAUCACUCCUUAGAAGCACCUCAGGGCACUUUGCAGAUUCCUUUUGCCAGGGGCUUUAUCUGCUCAGCAGAGAUAAGUGAAACAGGCAAGUUUUGAUUGGAGUACAGUUGUGCAGCCGAUUUUGCAAAUGCGAACUGCAAAUGUUUUUUGGGGGUUUUAAAGAUUUGUUUUGGAAUGGAAAACCUGAAAUACAACUCCUCGUUCACCCUUCUGUGUUUACACGUGUUCUUUUCUGGAACUUUGUAAAAUCAUGCAUUCUGUACCACACAAGUAAAAUGUUUUAUUCAUCAUCACAAAGGUGUACAGUACUUUUUAUUUUUUUAAAAUGUGAUAUGCUGCUUAUUUUCCACACAAAAACAGUAAAACAGAGUAAAAUGCAACAUGUAUUUUCUUCACAAGAAAAUCUCAUUACACAUUAAGACAACCCCUUAUUCUAGCUGAAAAUAUGCACACCUAUUUUCUCUACUAGAUAUCUUUACUUAAAUACUAUAAUAAUAAACAGAUGCAUACAGAAUUAAUGCAUGAAAAUACUAGAGACAGGAACUACAUGCCCUUCUUGUAUGAAUGGCAUGAAUUUCUCUGGAAGUGAAAAACAAAUCUAUUUCACGAUUUUUCUGUGAAUCGGAACAUUAAAUUUCACUGCAAAUUCAGUUUUGUGCAAAUAUUUUCAUUCAUCACUUAUGUUCAGCUUCUUUCUGCCUCCAUGUUGACCAUUUUAAUCUGAUUCUUCUGUCUUUUUGCAUGAAUGUAAAAAUGUAAAUCACAUGUAAAGAACCAUUUUUCCAUAGCUUCUGGAGCACAUUAUACAAGGGGCUUUAUGACCAUAGCAGUUAGGUGAAGCUUGUAACACAAUUGGGAGGGGCAAACUUUGACGGCUAAACAGAUAAAGUACUUCUUGCUGAAAAUAAUCAUUUGAUAUGACUUUUUAACUCCAGUAAUUUAUUAACAACACUGUGUGUUAAGAGAUUAUUAUUUAUUUUUAAAUGUAUUAAAUAAUUACAAGCAAAAUAAAAGCAAUUAUUUUUUCUUUAGGUAAUUUAGUAACUCUUAGUCUUGAAUUACGCCGUGUGCAUGUGACUGUACCGUGUUGUGGACAGACG